CAAUGAAUCCUAUUCCUCAAAAAGAGAUUGUUCAAAUACCUAAAUUCACAGUUGUAGGUUUAAGAAGGAGAAUAUACUUAGCAAAGGAGGCAGAUCAAGAAAACAAUACUUUUAGCUUAACUUAUAAGGAAUUCUUUUCAAAAAAACUUAAUGAUAGUAUCCCAAAUAGAGCAUAUCCAGGAAGAACUUAUUGUCUCUAUUAUGAUUUCAAGGAUUUCUAAGAUAGAUCCCAAUUCAACUAUUAUAUAUUAGUUGGUGAAGUGGUGACAGAAGUAGGUGCUAUUCCUGAAGGAAUGGAAAUCUAUUAGGUGGAAGAUUCAAGUUAUGCCAAAUUUUAAGGAGGACCAGGACCUAUACCUGAGAUUGUUAAACAAACUUGGAGCUCUUUGCAUAAGAUAAAGCCAGAAGAAUGGGGAGGUAAGAGAACCUAUAAGACAGAGUUUGAGGUUUAUAGGGAAGGACAAGAGGAUCUUAAGAAUAUGAAAUUUGAAUUGUAUAUUGGAUUAGUGAUUGAAUGAUU